CUAGCAUGCAUCAAGUCCUUCUUAUGUCUUGAGGAAUUCUCAUCUCAAUUCACGAUCUAAAAAUGUUUCAGCGUGCGACGUUCAAAACUUUGUAAAUCGUCAUCGCGUCAUCGAGCAGUACUUGUUUAUGUAAACUCAGCCGCCGAAGCCCUAGACUGGCCCUAGACUUUGCUCCAGAAGUCUAUCAUGGAAUAGCCUCAGAGUGGCCAUUUCCCGAACGUUCUCAUGACACACUCCCAAGCAUCGAUUUACCUAUGGCAACCUCUUACAAUACUCUUUACAGGCUAUAUCGGAGACUGGCAACAUUUUUCCGGUCGCUAAAGUCUUCAUGUUUAUACAUCAUCCUGGCCUUCUUGAAGAAAUGCAACCUAAAGUCUUGCGCCCAACUCACACACACUACCAUUCACCUUCCGCAUAGUCGUAAAAGUCACAGCAAUCAGGAGGCUAGUGAACUGGCUGCGCUUGCCUCAUUACAACCGCCGGACAUGUUUUCUACAAUACCAGAGCCAGCCGAACUCGUACCCCGUGUUCCCGAAGUAUCGUCUCUCAGUCAACAUGUUUCCCAAGAGAUAUUGGAAUCUAGUGGACUCAUUCGCUGUGUGCCUCGCGUAGCCUCGGAUGUGCAGAGGUACCAUAAGAAUGUGUUUCUUGAAUCACGUUCCAUAAAGGUCAUCAUUCCUGCCGGUACUUUGCAAUUUCCUAAUCCACCUGCGCCGUCUGGGUGGGAAGCUCGUGUCCAUCCAAAUGGUGCCUUAUAUUUUGUGAAUGAACGGUUUGUUACGGAGGCAAAUCUGUACCAAAGCACCACUUUCGCUAGCAUAAACGCUUGCGCGCAACACUUGUGGAAUACUGCAGGCGACCUUAUGUUACAUAUCACUGACGACGUCCAGGUGAUGCUCCAGCUAGCCUCACUGGAUGGUGAACGAGUCUGCGGAUAUUAUUUCGUAAACCAUGCCACCCGCGCGUUGUUUUGGAUCGAGGAAAUGCCAGCAAAUAACCUAUCCAAUGGCGUGGAGGGACUCAAAUAUUUGCAUCAAUUUCGAUACGCUAUUGAAGCAGAGUAUUGGCGCCACUGUGAACUAUACCCACUUGCAACGGUCAAUCGGGAUCAAAUUAGAGAACUGAAAGGCCUUCUUCUCGUGGCUUGUACAGUGAACUUAACAUCAACCACUUCUCUGUCGCCGUUUAAUGGGAAAGAACUCAAGUACAUCCUGGAUUUGAUGCCCAAUAUCGAAGCUACUUCUGACGAGUACGAUUCGCAUUACACGUGGGUCAUCGCUAGAGUCAUGGAAUACUUUGCCAGAGCCAAAUUCUUGAACUUCUGCGGUCAACCAUUUGCUCGUCUAGACGCCAAUCAAUCUGUCUACUAUUCUAGAAAGGGCUCGGGUUGGAUUGGAACGAUAAUCUCUUGGUGCAUCAAUUUUAUCUUGUUUGGGGGUCCGCACGCGUAUAUGCCGGAGCUGCGCAAAAUCUGGGUGGACCACACUGUCAAUUAUAUCCAUUGGAAAGAUUUUAACGAAAGGUUGACCCGCCAGUGGUCAUCGCUUGCCCUUUAUGCGAUGAUCAUGCUCGGUUCAGACAUUGGGUUUCAGGUUUUACCAGUCAUCAGUAAUCGGGCCAACUACCUCACCUCUCAGAUAGCGAUAAUCGCCAUCGAGUUGUCGACAUAUUGUACAAUUGGCUCCCUACUGGUUUCCAUGCUGUUGGCUAGGCGUGUCCAAAAGGACGGGCGACGAUCCGCCACCGAAACUGUUGAAUACAUAUUCAAACCAUUCUUCGGAAUACAUAUUAUGGCGGGCAUUUCGAUCAUUUAUAGCCUUCCGCACGCAAUGCUAAUGUGGGGGCUGUGUUUGUUCGUUGUCGCGUUCUCUGCAAUCCUUUCCGAGAUGACCUCUACGGUGGCUGUAGUGGUUGUCUAUAGCAUAUUCGUCUUCAUCUCUGUUUCCAUCCUGAUGUUUCUGACCAAAGUUUACGGGCGCCAGGUCGUGGACCUAUCUCAGCUGUUGUCGCGGCCUGUAUAUGCUUUGUACAGAUUGGUACACCUGCGUGCUAGAACAAGUCCGCUGGCAUCGAAUGCAUGAACCUUUCUCCAUAUGCAGCGUGUUGGUGUUGCUUUCGCCUAGUACUACUAGUACUGUUAGCUCCGUCUGUCCGAGGGAGGUACCACGGGGAUUACCAUGACCCUGAUAUAUGGAUCUCUUCGAGCUUCGGAAGUUCGAAUACCAUAACCGGUACAUAACCCCCGCAUGUCUUUACAUCCAAUGUAAUUAUUGUACAAAGUUAUCACUCCCAAUCUACUAUGAUAUUUGCAUCAAUCACUACUUUGAUGGUGUUGUUAGCU